AUGAAGCCCAGUGCUGUUGAUGGUAAGCCGAAAACCAAUGGAGAUGAGAAUCUACGUUUGCAGGAAGCUCACACCAAAGUCCCAGAGGCAUCGAUUAUGGACAAAUCAGAUUUUGAGUCAUUCACAAGGGAGAGAAACGACAUCAUAGUGCCGAACUUUGCUAAAGAGUUGAAGCAAUACAAAGAAAAGCUUCUGGUAGCUGAAAUGGAAGUUGAAAGUGUUGGUGAAAGCCUCAGAAAUGAAAGGUCUAGACGCUUUGAGCUAGAAAAGGAACUUGAGGAUUUGAAGCUACGAUGUACUUGCUCCAAGGAACAGACAGUGGAAGCCACCUUAAGAAAAGUUGACGGGCUAUUCCAGACAGAACGUGUCUCGGAAUCCAGGCCUUGUGAUUCUCCAAAGAUUGCUAGAUCUUUUUCAGAACAGAUAUGUUCUGUUUUGGAACCAAAGCCUUGUGAUUCUCCCAAGAUUACUGAGUCUAUUUCAAAACAGAUCUGUUCUGUCCCGGAACCCAUGCCUCGUGAUUCUUCAAAGAGUACUGAAUCUAUUUCAGAACAGAUUCAACAAGAUACUGAACAACUGGCUCCAAUGAAUGCAGCCAAUUGUUCUCAAAGCAGUAGCAUCCAUCAAGAAUCAGGCAUCAAUGAAGUACAUGACCAGGAAGCAACAGAAGACCAAAUGGCGAGUACUUCUGGGGACCUUCGAGACGAAAAGGCCGAAUGUCUUGAUCUUGAGCUGGACCUCGUUAAGGCUCAGCCAGCAGUUGUUCAGAGGAAACUUCGAACCUAUCAACUUCUGUUGCAGUAG